ACUUUAUUAGCACCUAAUUAAUUAAUGAGUUACAAUUUCUAUCCUCAUCAUGUUGGUAUCUUACAGGAAUCUAAUGGGAUUUGGAAUCAUGAUAAAUUCUUAGAGGCUUGAGUUCCAAGCCAAACCAAUCCACAAUCAAGAAGAAAAAAUCACAUACAACACAAGAACAUGGUUGUUUCCCAACACCUUCUUGAACACACAGAAGAAGAUGUGGAGAAUUCAACCCAAAACCCAGACACAAACACACCAAAACCGCCACAAAAGAAGCUAGCACUUCUCCCUCUAAUCUUCCUCAUAUACUUCGAGGUCGCCGGCGGCCCGUACGGCGAAGAAGCGGCGGUUGGAGCGGCAGGACCGAUCUUCGCCUUACUGGGCUUCACGGCGUUCCCUUUCAUAUGGAGCAUACCGGAGGCACUCCUCACGGCUGAAUUGGCCACAACUUUCCCCGGCAACGGUGGUUUUGUCAUAUGGGCUAAUGAAGCCUUUGGGCCCUUCUGGGGCUCCCUCAUGGGCUUCUGGAAGUUCUUCAGCGCCGUCAUAAACUUAGCUUCAUACCCAGUUCUCUGCAUAGACUAUCUGAAACUGAUGAUCCC